AUGUCCACUCCCCACCGUAUUGGAACGCCCUGCCGCCGUAGAGCGUCAGUGGACAAAGUUCAACAACUGGUUGAGCUUAUUUCAAAAAAUCAUGAAGAUAAAGACUUGAGGUAUGUUAAUAUGAAAUAAUAAGUAUUUUUCUUUCUUAGUCGAUACUUAUUAGUUAUUUUACUAAAAACGUUCAAUUUCAACAAGUUCUCGAAUUUCCAAUACUUUCUGCGACUUUUCGUUGUUUCAUCAACAGAUUUUGUGUCAUUUCGUCCAAUAUCCUCUGGAAAUGCGAAUUCAAAGAGAAAAUCCCUAAAUUUCGCAAAAUAUUGUCCGAUCUCUGUAAAUAUGAGGUUGUGAACAAUUUUUUACUGAACCUUUACAUUAAAUUUACAAAAGAACGCUAGAAUAGAUGAGUGAAGCAAAUAUAACAACGUUUAGAGACGGCGAAUCGAUGGAAAUCAAGGAGAAAUGGGACACAAACCUUGACCAUUUGGCCGUUUGUGGGUUCUUCAAUUUCGGAAGGUAAGUUUAUUGUUUUUUGCAUAUUUUCUUUGGUUUGUUGUUUUAUCUUUUGUAAUUUUAACUAUGUUAUUGUAUGUUUAGAGAAUCUGACAUCUUGUUCUGCCAGAAUCGUCUCAAGAAGGGCCAUGUCUUUUGUGCCUUGAAGAUCAGGUCUUUAUCCGACUCUCAAACACAUUUCGAAGAGAUAGUAAUUUAUUUUUAUUUGUUUUGGUUUUAUUUUUUAGAUUAACGCCAAAUAGUCGAUGUACAACAUGGUUUUGAUGCCUAAACGUUUAUUUUUCAGAUGAACGAAGUGAAGAUUGUGGAGAUGUAUCGACAUGAAAACAUAGCAGCUGCAUAUUGUUGUUCUACGGUCAGCCGAGACGUUUUAGGGAUCGUAAUGCCAACGUUUUUGGGAGUUAAGCUGUUAUUGAAUAUUUCUGUGGAAUUCGGGUAAGAUUUACUUUUUUUCUUGCUUUUUAGGUAAUUUUCCUGUUCAGAAAAUGAAGGAGACUCUAAAGAAGAUAUUUCAGGCACGAACAUUCAAAUGAAAUGAUGAUAGAUGAGGUAAUUGCUCGCCAAUUGACUUACCAAAUACUAAAAGGAACCGCGUAUCUUCACAAAAACGGAUUCGUGCACAGAGCUCUCAACUACAACAGUAUCAUGUUAUCGGACGAAGGAUGUGUAAAGAUUGGAGGGUUUUCACGCGUGAUACACUUUGAUCCAGAAGUCGACUCAUUGGGAAGGACAACGAAGCCUUUUCGGCCGACUUGCAGCGAAUACCACGAAGUGGCGCCAGAGAUGUUGAUUCCUGGAAUUCUUAAGCAUCCGCACGUUUUUCCAGAGGCUGACCGCUCUGAUGAGUACGAUAUUAGAGUAGACUCUUGGUAAGUUCUUUUUGAGAUGACAAUUUGUAUAUUAUUUUGGUUUUCAGCGUCUAAAUAAAGAGUUGUAUAUUACACUUGAGAUGUCGCUAAUGUUACGUCGACUUUUGGCUGAAUUUGGUCUUUUAUCUGUUUUAAGGACUAAAAAGGAUAAUAAAACAUAUUUCAGGGCAGUAGGAUGCACAAUAUUGCACAUGCUGUUCAAUAAACGGCCGUUUUCGAAGCAAGAUAGUCGAAGAUGUAUGGAUCGCGGCGAUUUUCGCACCGAAAGCAUUGAAAUGGACAUUCGCGACUGGGUUUUCAGAUAUUGUGAUAAAGUAAGUGGCUUAUAUUGAUAGUUAAAGCUUUAUUUAUCUUUUGCCUACAUUAAUAUUAGUGUACCUUACAUGAUUUAACAUUAUAUCUCUCAAAAACCUUGUUUCAGGAAGCUGAAUGGCAGUCCUGGCGUGAUGUAUAUGGAGAUAAGGGAGAAAAAUACCAGAAACUAUUAAGCCCUGAGUUCAAACAAUUUAUCAAGGAUGCUAUGAGGAUUAACAAGCUGAAACGAUGGACUUGUGAGCAGUUAUUGGAUCAUAAAUGGUUCAAAGACGCAAGCAUGGUUAAUAUCGAUGUAGCUCCGGAACUGGCGGCUCCAGAAUGUCGAACUUUGAUCCAAGAACGGUAUUUGAGUGAGAGUAAGGAUUUCAUUGGUUGCUUUUUAAAUUUGGGUUGUUUUUGAGGUUUAACAUCUUGGUUUGGCGACAUAUUUUACGAUGAAAGGUGUCCAAUGCUUAAAGUAACAUAUCUUUUAGGAUACUUGGCCAAAAUGGACGAUUUAGUGGCUGAAACGUCGGAAAAAGUCAGUGAAACCCCAGAAGAAGUUAAAAUUGGAAAGCACGAGUGUUUGAUCACAGUAAUGACGGUGAUAAAGAAGGAGGUGAGUUGGCAAUAGGAACAGUUGAUUUCUGAUUACCAGCAGAUUAAUAUUGGGUAUAAAAUUGUUGUUUUAGAGAUAUAUGGUACGAUUUGUGGUCAGUACAAGAUGGCUCGAGUUUCCAAAAAGGCGAUUGGAGAAAAUCAUUCGGACCAAGCUGAUAUUGUUCGCUGAAAGCAAUUUGUUGAGGUAGGUUAAACGGUGUUUAUCAGAAGGCAUUUUAAACUUAAUAAAACUGAAGAUGGGCUGAUAGAUCGUAAAGCACAGCUAAAACGUUGUAUUAAGCGCUUUUGAUCUUUUUAAGCCCAAAUUUAUGACAUUUUAAUCAAAAAGUCAAUAUUUUCAGAACGACCGAGUACAUCAAGAUGACGGCCGUCGCAGUGCACCUGGUCGAGAAAUUCCGGGAAGAAGAUCACACCAAGUUCAUUUACAGAUGCUUUUGUAUCAGAAACAGCCCGGUCCAUCCGAAUUUCGACACAUUAGACGAGAUGGGCAUGGUCAUGGUGAAUUCGAGUGUCAAGUUCUCGGAUAAGGUCUGUUUAUCGAAAUGGCCGGGCAAAGAGUUGGAAAUGGACAAGAGAUUCUUGAUCCAGAUGUCAGAGUUUGAGAAGAGAGGAUCCAAAGGCCGAGGCAUCUUUCAGCGAAUGAGAGACAGGGUCAAGAACAGGAAGAAGAAGGAUGGAGACAAUGAGAAGGGUAAGAUUGGCUGCUGUUGAUUUUUUUGGAGAUUACAGGUUAUAAAGAAGCUCUGAGAAGAGAAAUUAGACGUUAAAGAAGCAAAAAGAAACGAAUCCUGAUAUUUUUAUAGGUUCAAAAGCUUGAAUUUGUAAAGGGAUUAAAGAGGAAACCUCAAUAUUGUUAAAAAAAUUGGUUUUUAUACGAAAAUAACAAAUAUAUUGUUAUAGACCUCACCGGCUCAACCACGAAGGAACGAGACUCAGAACUAUACCAAACCGCUCCAGAUGAACAGCUUCAGUUCAGCAGCACCGAGACUGAGAAACGCGGCGAACAAAAGAAGAAAAACCGCCUCCAGCAAAGACUUCGCAACUUUUUCAAAGCCGACGACUCGAACGUCGUCAAACUGUAG